GCGCCGCCAUCUUGAUGGCGCCCCGCCUCCGCCCGCUGGGGGGGUGGGGCCACGCGCACGCGCGCGCGCCGAGCGGCGAUUGGUCCCGGCGCGCGCCCUGGCCGGCGUUCGGGCCAAUCGCCGCGCAGUGCGCGCGCCUCCGGGCCAACCAGCGGGCGGCGCGGGCUUUCCCCUCAGGCGGGCGCGGUGCCCCUGAGGAGAGCGGGGAGAUGGCGGAGGGCGAGUCGGGGUCCGAGAGCAGCGAGGAGGAGAACCUGCCCUCCUUCGCCUACCUGCUGCAGCCGUCCCCAUGCCUCGGCGAGCCGAGCCGCCCGCGGUCGCCAUCUCCCGAUCCUGAAGCGGCAGAGGUUGUCAAGAUGGUGAGCAGCGGGAGCGAAGAGGGGGAUGAGGAGAUGAUGGACGUUGUCCCUUUGAACGAGACGAUCGAGACGAGUGUGGGAGCGGAGCCUGAGCCUUUCAACCAUGGUGAUAAAGGAGAGGCAUCUGGGCUUUGUGCUAGUGGCGACCUGAUGGCUCCUGGGAGCGAAGGGCUUCGGGAAGAGCUGACGCCGUCUGGAGAAGUAGCUUGUGAUACUGAGAAUGGCACACGCAAUGCUGAGGCAUCCUCCUGGUGCUCCUUGCCAGUCAACUCUGACAGGCCCAGUAGCCCCCCGGUAAGCAGAGAAAGGCCGGAAACAUCGCUCCCUCUCAAGAAGCGACAAUACAGUCAGAAGGAACAGGAGGCAAUCUGCCAGAAUGCGGGGCAGAGAAAGAAGGAGCAAGAAGCAAAGAGGAGGGAGCAGGAGGAGGAGAAAGAGAGGAAGAGAGCCGUUGCCAAGAUGCUGAAGGCUCAGCGGCCAGGAGAGUGCCAGAAAUACAUAACAGUGGUGCUAGAUCCAGUCAUCUUACAGGUAGAAGGUGGUGAGCAGAUCCUUAGUGCUUUGCAGGCUGCCAAUUAUUCCUGUGUGUUUGAGAACCACGCUGUUCCCUGCAGCAUCACCUGGAGGAGAAAGACAGUGACAUCGCAGAUGGGAGGAGGAGAUGAAUGGACAGAAGAACCAAAUGUUCUAGUUCUGCUUGGCCUGAAGGAGUUUUUGUCCAUGGCUCACAGCUACAAGCAAAAUGCUGAUGGCUGUGCAGAAAGGCAGAAGGAGACCCUGCAGAGCUAUGUAGCUCAUAUGAUGGAGAAAAUGCCCGGGAGAAUUCUGGCUCUGGCAGUGGUUGGAGUAGAAAAUUAUUUCAGGUCUCUCCAAGUUCAGCCAAAACAAAGGCUGCGACAGACAGCAGCGAGUGGGAAUCAAGAGAAACGGGGGAAAAGGAGAAAAAAGGAGGUUAAGGAUUCUGGCUUGGACUUAUCCAGAAUGGAUGUGAAAGAAGCCCUGGUGGAUCUGCAGCUGAGUACACAAGUCCAAAUCAGCAUUUUUGAGAGCAAUGAGGAGCUUGGAGAAUAUGCCACUAUGUUCACAAAAGCUGUGGCUGAGGCACCAUACAAGCGAGAGCGAGAGAACACAGGGUUCUCCUUCUACUUGGAGAAGGACUGUUGCAGAGGGGUGAAGGUGGAUCCUUCUGGAAAGGGUCUCUUGAAAGUUUGGAAGAGGCAGAUACAGCAAUUUAACCGUGUCAGCUCUGAGAUGGCUGAGGCUAUCGUGUCUGCCUACCCUUCUCCUCAGCUUCUGAUCCAGGCCUACGAGAGGUGCUCCUCGGAGCAGGAGCGGGAGAACAUGCUGGCCAACAUCCCUGUGCUCCGCGGGGAGGGCGUGACUGCCACCUCCCGGCGCAUCGGGCCCGAGCUGUCCCGCCGCAUCUACCUGCAGAUGACGUCCCACGAUCCCGACCUCUGCCUGGAUUUCACCGGCUAGCACAGGGCAAAAGGGUUGUGCUGUUUGUUCAGUUAAGUGUUCAGGUUUGGAUUUCACUGGGUAGCUCCAGGGAAUAAGGGUUUUUACCAUUUGUCUGGUCAAGUUUUCAGUUUUCUUCUGUGAAGAAGUGCUUAGAUAACACUCAUUGAUCCUUGUUUAAAGACUUGAAAUGCAUUUAGACUUUAUUGUAGCAGGAAAAAAGGUUGGAUAAAGUUGCUGAAUAGCAGGAAUUUACACAAGAAAGAUGGUGAACAUCUUCCCUAAGCACAUGAGUUGCACACAACUUACAGUACUGAUGUUGCUUUGUCUUUCUAUAAAAUAAAUAAUUCUGAAGAACAA